AUGUCAUUAGAAGAAAAAAGGACAAUACUGGAGGAACUCGAGCGAAUUGAACAAGCAGUCUCUCAGAGAUUUGAGCGUGAUCCCGAAAUUUAUCGCCCUUCGUCAAGCGACAUACCAUUAUUAUCGUCCAAAACCAAACGACCUUAUCCUCAAACGUUACUACAAAGGCAUGAAAUCAAACAGUUUUUACAACGAUACCAAGCUCAGCGCGAGAAACUUUUGAAUUUUAAUGAAGACCAUGACAGAAAUAAACACAUGGACGACUUUGAUAAACUUUAUCGUGUGACAGUUGAGAAACAUAAUCGAAUUAAUCAAUUAGGAUUGAAUGCAAAUGAGAUUGAGGAGGCGGAUGCACACAAGUUUGAGCUUUUUACCAGCUCAGAUGAAUUGUCAGAUACCAAAAGAAGGAGAAUUUUGAGCAGGUACUCAAAGGGCCUCAAGAUCACCAAUAUUUAUUCACCAAACGAAGGCUUGGGAAAGUUUCUGGAUUUGAAAGAUUUAUAUCGAACUUGGUCAAGUCUACCCAAACACAAACCAACGAAUACAGAUAUGCCCCCAACUUACAAAGAUUACCUGGGGAAGAUUCAAGAUUUCUACGAUGAAAAUUAUGAUAAAGGAUCAUCAGAGUAUCAAUUGUACAUUCAACAAUUAGCAGACUAUCUUCGAAGCUAUUACAUCAAAUUACAUCCACUGAAAUCAACCGACCUUGAGAUUGAGAGUAUCAGAAAGGAGUUUUCUUGUAAAGUUGAACUUGAAGACUCUUCUGUCUACUGUCUAAUAUGUCAAAAGAAGUUUACCAAAGAAUCAGUUUACUCUUCGCAUUUGAAUGGAAAAAAGCACACGAAGAAUGCUACUAAAUCGCAGGUAAUUUCUGUUGCAGAAUCAGAGUAUCUGGCCACCCGUUUAUUGAAACUACUGAAUAAACAACUCAACGCGACCAUCUUGGAAGUGGAUAGAUUUGAAGGUCUCAGCUCUCGAGAACGACAAAUAGAGCUCCGAGAAACUCAAAAUUUAUCUGACUAUGAAUAUGACACCAUAGAUGAACAAGAAACCUCCAAGCCUUCGGAAGGAAACGAAUACGCACAAGGGAAAUUUGAUGACGUUUCCAAUUUCCCAAUUGGUCCUGACGGUAAACCAAUGCCUUUAUGGCUUUGGAAGCUAAAAGGACUCGACAUGGAAUAUAGUUGUGAAAUAUGUGGAAAUGCUCUGAUCAAGGGAAGAGAGGUUUUUCAGAACCACUUCAAAGAAGAGAGGCAUCUCCAAGGUCUCCGAAUGCUAGGUGUUGUCGAAGAUUUCAAUGCUUUCAAAGAUUUGGAUAGAAUUGACGACGUGCUAAAGCUGCUAGAAUUCUUAAUGAAAAAAAAGCGAAAUGAUAUACAAUACAGGGAUGACGGUGUGGAGAUCGAGGAUUCCGAAGGAAACGUCAUGAGUAAGAAAGUUUAUGAUCAAUUGAAGAAGCAGGGACUGCUCUGA